GCGUGGACGGAUACCCCGGAGCCCGUGGCGCUGCCUGCCCUGAGAGAUGCUGGAAGCUGGGCGCGGCCCCAGGCUGGGGGACCUGUUUUUCCUGUUUCCUGCAGAGUUCCCUGCAGCCCUGUCCAGGCGUGUGCAUUCAUGAGUGAGGAACUCGAGAGAGUGCUGAGCAUCCCUGACAGCGAGAGCAGGGGCUGGUCAGGGUGAUGGCCACAAGCCCGGGCCUCUGGAAUGGCACCAUCAAUGGCACCUGGGCUGGGGAUGAGCUGGGCUACAAGUGCCGCUUCAAUGAGGACUUCAAGUACGUGCUGCUACCUGUGUCCUACGGUGUGGUGUGCGUGCUCGGGCUGUGUCUGAACGCCGUGGCGCUCUACGUCUUCCUGUGCCGCCUCAAGACCUGGAACGCCUCCACCACGUACAUGUUCCACCUGGCCAUGUCGGAUACGCUGUAUGCAGCGUCCCUGCCGCUGCUGGUCUAUUACUACUCCGGUGGCGACCACUGGCCCUUCAGCACAGUGCUCUGCAAGCUGGUGCGCUUCCUCUUCUACACCAACCUGUACUGCAGCAUCCUCUUCCUCACGUGCAUCAGCGUGCACCGAUGCCUGGGCGUCUUACGCCCACUACUCUCACUGCGCUGGGGCCGGGCCCACUAUGCCCGUCGGGUGGCAGCCGCCGUGUGGGUGCUGGUGCUGGCCUGCCAGGCACCCGUGCUCUACUUUGUCACCACCAGUGCACGUGACGGCCGCAUUACCUGCCACGACACCUCGGCACCCGCGCUCUUCAGCCGCUUUGUGGCCUACAGCUCUGUCAUGCUGGGUCUGCUCUUCACGGUGCCCUUUGCCAUCAUCCUGGUCUGUUAUGUGCUCAUGGCCCAGCGGCUGCUAAAGCCAGCCUACGGGACCAGGGGAGGCCUGCCGCGGGCCAAGCGCAAAUCGGUGCGCACCAUUGCCGUGGUCCUGGCCGUCUUCACCCUCUGCUUCCUGCCUUUCCACAUCACCCGCACCCUCUACUACUCCUUCCGCUCGCUGGACCUCAGCUGCCGCACUCUCAACGCCAUCAACAUGGCUUACAAGAUCACCCGGCCGCUGGCCAGCGCCAACAGUUGCCUUGAUCCCGUGCUCUACUUCCUGGCUGGGCAGAGGCUCGUGCGCUUUGCCCGUGAUGCCAAGCCACCCACAGACCCCAUCCCUACUGCCCAGGCUCACCGCAGGCUGGGCCUGCGCAGGUCUAACAUAACUGACAUCAAGAGGAGAGAAGACAGGUCGGCCAGCAGUGAGGACUCUAGGCAGACAGAGUCCACGCCUACUGGUAGUGAGAACACUAAGGACAUCCAGCUGUAGGACCUGAACCCUUCGGGCCUGCACAGGUUUAUAUGGGGGGCCGUAGGGACUAGGACUUGUUCAAAUGGGAUGGUCUCCCCAGAUAUGGACCAGCAUGACUCAUGCUGGAUGGUCAGGGGAGCUGUGACCCCAAUGCUCUGUCAUUUGCAGGGGCUGGGGACACUCUCUGUGGUCCAUAGAGCUCAACAGUUCCCACUGUAUGUGUGAGUUGAGGAAUAAGGUUUUAAGAAAGGCAAGGGUUCAGGACCAAUGCUGCCUCUGGCCUGACUCCCACAUAUAUUGCUGGCCAUGCCUGCCAGGGUACCUAGGCUGGAGCCCAGCUUAAUCCAGUCAAAUGGAGAAACAGGCCCAGAGAGGAAAGUGACUUACCAAGGUCACACAGCCGAGUCUGGGCCUGAGCUGCCUGGGAGG